GAGCCGAUUUCUGGAUUCUCCUCCACCAUAAUUUACCGUUUCUAUAAACUCCUUCCAUCCAUCAAAUUAUUUUUUAUCACAAGUCCCCUUCUCUCUAAUACGUCUCACAUGAGCAAGAGCAAUAUCAAUACAUAAAAACAAAGAAAAUGAACAAGAACAAGAAGGAAGUGAAUAUCGAGACAAAGAAAGGGUCCACGAUGGAUGAGUGGCCUGAGCCAAUCGUCCGUGUCCAGGCCUUAGCCGAGAGCAACCUCUCCUCUCUCCCCGACCGCUACAUCAAACCAGCAUCUCAACGUCCCACCACAGUAGAGGAGGCCUCUGCGGCGACCAACAUCCCAAUCAUUGACCUUGAAGGACUCUUCUCGGAAGACGGGUCGCCAGAUGAGGCCAUCUUGGCUCAGAUAUCAGAGGCUUGCCGUGAGUGGGGAUUCUUCCAAGUGUUGAACCAUGGUGUGAGGCCAGAGCUGAUGGACGCGGCUAGGGAGAAUUGGAGAGAGUUUUUUCACUUGCCGGUUAAUGAGAAGGAGACUUACAAAAACUCACCAAAAACCUAUGAGGGCUAUGGAAGCAGACUAGGAGUUGAGAAAGGAGCCAUUCUUGACUGGAGUGAUUAUUACUUUCUCCAUCUUCUUCCUCCUCAUUUGAAAGACUUCAACAAGUGGCCUUCUUUUCCUCCCACCAUUAGAGAAGUGAUCGAUGAGUAUGGCAAGCAAGUAGUGAACCUAUGCGGGAGAAUUAUGAAGGUAUUAUCAUUAAACUUAGGAUUAAAGGAGGAUAAGUUUCAAGAUGCGUUUGGUGGUGAAAACAUUGGGGCGUGUUUGAGGGUUAAUUAUUAUCCAAAAUGCCCUAGACCGGAGCUGGCUCUCGGUCUCUCCUCCCACUCUGAUCCUGGCGGUAUGACUAUUCUCUUACCAGACGAUCAGGUCUUCGGUCUUCAAGUCCGUAAAAAUGACAUGUGGAUCACCGUCAAGCCUCAUCCUCAUGCGUUCAUCGUUAAUAUUGGUGAUCAAAUUCAGAUACUAAGCAACUCAGUGUACAAGAGUGUGGAGCAUAGAGUGAUAGUGAACUCGGAGAAAGAGAGAGUUUCGCUUGCUUUCUUCUACAAUCCUAAAAGCGAUAUACCAAUCCAACCAUUACAAGAACUUGUAACCACUCAUAAUCCUCCUUUAUAUCCUCCCAUGACCUUUGAUCAAUAUAGACUCUUUAUCCGAACUCAAGGUCCACAAGGCAAAUCUCAUGUUGAAUCUCUUGUUUCUCCUCGUUAGUUUUUUUCUCUUCCUAUAAAGAAUAUUUAAUGUUUUGGUUUGUUUCAUGAAAUUUACAUCUGACUUGUAUGUGUACAAUCUUUCAGGAUCUGAUUUACCUUCAAGUAAAUAAAUACUGAAUGAGAUAUAUUGUUAUACAAUAAUAUUUUCUUA